AUGACUACUUAUAUUUUAUUUUUAUUCAUUUUUAUUUUCUCAAUUUUUAAUGAAUCCUUUGGAGCAAAUAUAUUAAUAUCUCCUAGCUGGUUGAGCCCUGUACACAGAUUUACAAUGAGGGAAUUGGCAGCGGAAUUGUUAAAACGUAAUCAUUCGGUUACUUGGCUAGAAUAUGGACUUAGACCUCACGAUUCAAUUUUACUGCCCAAAGGCGUUGAAGAAAUUUUUCUGCGCAUAGAAAAUGCCCCAAGAGUCACAGCACUUUUAAAUCCGAAAGGCAAAAUUCAACUAACAAGUAAUUCACAACUUUGGCAAGAAAAUUUUUGGGCGCCAGUGGAAAAAACAAAUGGUUGGUUGGCCUCUUUGGAUUUAUGCCGGGCUGUUUUGAAGGAACACAAAAAUGCUUUUGAUAAACUUGUUCAAAGAGAGUUUGCUGCUGUUGUGAUAGAUGAUUUAUACAAUCCUUGUGCUCUUCUCCAUGUCGGACUUCAAAAAUCACUUUUUGUUUAUUGGUCAAUGACUGGAUUGAGAACAGAUUCUGCCUGGGCAAAUCAAAGCCCUAGCCCUCCAUCUUACAUUCCUGUGCCUGGAACUGGAUUAACAGAUGAAUUAGGCUUCUGGUCAAGAAUUUACAAUUUAUUUGCUUAUUUAAGAGAAUUAUAUAUUCACCAACAUUUAAUUCUUCGUCGGAUGGAUAAAUUAUUUGAGAAAUUAUCUCAAUUUAUAAACAAUUCAAAUGAAGAGCGUGGAUUUAUUUUAAUUACUGGAGGAUUUACAAUUCAAUGGGCAAAUGCUCCAAAGGAUGUUAUUGAAAAUCUUCUUGGGGCAAUUCGAGAAAUGAAUGAUACCCGAUUUGUUUGGCAAUACAACGGCCCAGCACUUCAAAAUCCUCCCUCAAAUCUUUUCACAUUAGAGUGGUUGCCACAACAACAAUUACUUGCUCAUCCAAAAUGCAAAGGACAUCUUUCACAUGGAGGCCUAAACAGCGUAAUUGAAAGUGUCUGGCAUGGAACCCCAAUAAUUGGCUGGCCAUUAACCGCAACUGCCAAAGAUAACCUCCUUCGGGUUACUGCACGUCAAGCCGGUUUAAUGAUUGAACAGAAACGUCCAACAGAAAAACAAUUUCUGUCAGCAUUUAAAAGAAUUUAUAUAAAAUUUUAUAAAGAAGAAAUGCUUGUAUUUCAGGAUAUGUUAAUAGAUGUUCCCUAUACAGAAUUAAACCACUCAGCAUUUUGGGUAGAAUUUAUUGUUAGACAUCAAGAAGUGCCUCAUGCACGUUCUGGUGCUGAUGAUUUGAAUAUAUUUCAGUAUUUCUUGGUUGAUGUAACAUUAUUUUUAAUUGGCUGUACUCUCUUAUCAAUCUGGUUGUUAUUAAACUUGCUUAAAUUAACUGUUCGUUUACUUUGUUGGACAAUUAUAUAUGUAAAAUGUUGUGUAAUUCCAAAUAAAAGCAAAAAAUCUGUGAUUGAAAAGAAGGAUCCUAUUGCAAAAAAGAAGGAUUAA